CGCGACGAGAAACCAGCGGAGGCGCUCGCCCUAGCUUCUUCUUCCUUCCUUGAAUUAACUCUUCCACCAUUUGAUCAACCCCUUCCGAUUCCGAUUCCUAGAUAAAACUAGCUCGCUCGCUCGCUGCCGCUGGCUUGUGCCUCGGUCACAGCCGAAUCAGCCUGAGCCAAUCGAUCGCGCGUGUUCCGCCGACCGCCGAUGCCGACGACGCCUCUUGCCGCGCACCAAGAGCCAUGAACUGCACCGACGUCGAGAUCAGGAACACGCUUCGCCUCCUUGUGCCCAAGGCCACCGAGGACAUGUCCCGCCUCCACCAGGCCUACGACCGCGGCUAGCUAAUUAGCAACUACUGCUAGUGUUCGUCCCAUUGAAUUCCUUGCACCGGCCGUGCUAGCUAGGGUGCGGCGUGCGUGCUCACGUAGAAGAAGAAGAGGAGGAGGAGGAAAGCUAGUGUGUGAGCUGUUUGUUGUGCGUAGCUUUGUUGCGAUGAAGGAAGGAGGCGAGAGGAGGAACAUCCUGGCCAAGACGAUCGACAGGUGCCGGUCGCUCGGCCACCGGACGAGCAGGCGGCCCCCGGCGCCGCCGCCGUCGACGGCCUCCUCCGGCGUGCCGGCGGGGUUCUUCGCGGUGCUGGUGGGCCCGGAGAAGGAGCGGUUCGCGGUGCGCGCCCGGUGCGCCAACCACCCGCUGUUCCGGGCGCUGCUGGACCAGGCCGAGACGGAGUACGGCUUCGCCGGCUGCGACGGCCCGCUCGAGCUGCCCUGCGACGUCGACGCCUUCAUGGACGUCAUGUGGCAGAUGGAGCAGGCGGACCCCACCGCGUCGCCCCGAUGCAGGGGGUACCACCAACACCAGGGGUACCAGAUGAUGAGCACCCCGGCAAGGUUCCUCGUCGCCGGCCGCUCCUGAUCGCUCUCCGCCGGCCGGCCGGCAGCUCAGUCAUCUCACGCGCGCCCGUUCUUUAGUUAAUAAAUUGUAACGUUUCGUGAUGUAACGGUUGGCACGUGUUGGCGCA